GCGUUAAUCGCCUGACAGGGUCUCCUCAGUACAACGAUAAGAAAGUAUCACCAUGCUUUGGCUUCUGUUUGUAGUCGGAAUAGGAUUCACCACGGCCGACAGUUCCGGAGGUUCGUAUCUCAUAACGUCCUCCAAGUAUCUGCAACGUGGCAUGCCAUUCAACGUCAGCAUCGACAUCCUCAACACCACCAACACCGUCCAUGUACAAGUGGAGCUGCAACGCAUAUGGAACAACUACACCAACACUUUCAGGAUCCCUGUUAUGAUGGCCAAAGGUGACUUCACUAAAGGAACGACAGGGACGAUAUCACUGAAUGUACCACGGGACAUCUCUGAUGGAAGUUACCGUCUCCAUGUCCGAGGUAGAGGGGCUCUGCAGUUUGAAAGAGAAACGUCCCUCAUCCUCCGUUCCAAGUAUAUUUCUGUCAUGGUACAGACUGACAAGGCCAUGUACAAGCCAGGACAGAUGGUUCAUUUCCGAGCGUUUGGUGUCUAUCCAAGUUUGCAAGUGUACAUGGGGACUUUCAACAUAGCCCUUGUUGAUCCUAACAACAACAUUCUGAAGGAGUGGACGGCUCUCCAUGAAUCUUCUGGAGUUGUGGCUGGGGAGUUCCAGUUGGCAGAUAAGACUGUUCUGGGAGAUUGGGCUCUACGAGUUUCACCAGGGGACCAAGUAAGCGUCACCUCUAAAACUUUUACAGUUGCAGAAUACCAACUGCCCCGCUUUGAAGUCAAAGUUGAUCUUCCUUCGUUCUCCCUGACCUCUGAUACAAAGCUGUCUGGAACAGUGAAAGCAAAAUACACCUUCGGAAAGCCAGUUAAGGGUAUGGUGGAAUUACAUACACACAUGAACGUCGCUAACGACUACUGUGGACGACCGCCCAAAUAUGUUGAACUGGCAUUUCCUAUUGACGGGGAAGCCAAAUUUGACAUUCCUGUUGCCGACAUCAAGCGUCUCCAGAGCAAUCUAAAUGAACAGACUGUCGUCGUUGUCGCCAUCGUGAAGGAGGAGUUGACGGGCGUGAGGCUGAACGGGUCAAGCUCACUGAAAUACCACCAAUACCCCUACAAGAUUGAAGUCCUCAAUUCAAGUCCGAAAACUUUCUCACCCAAACUUCCAUACACAGCAUAUAUCAAAGUGUCCCAACAAGAUGGCCGCCCUGUGACCGACCUCAGCAGUCCUGUUGGAGUGUACACCUGUGUCACAUACCGUAUUGUCCAAGAUGACCAGUCCGAGUUCUCCUGCUCAUCCUUCACCGGCAACUACGGCCUCCCACCCAAAAACUACACCAUCCCUGCCUCCGGCAUCAUCCCCGUAGACAUGCGCAUCCCCGAGAACACCACUAGUAUUAACGUCAAGGUCCACUACAAUGAGAUAUCCGACACUCUGACUGUCCAGCAGAAGACCUCUUUCAGUGGCAACUUCAUGCAACUCAAACUCACCAACAAGGGGCUCAGGGCGGGUCAGACAGCUCUGUUCAGCAUUGAGUUGACCGAAGAUGUACCCUUCAUAACAUACCAGGUGUUAUCCCGGGGUACUGUUGACAUCACUGACCAAGUCACUGUUGGCGGCCAGAACCCUGUUCACUUCAAUGUCCCCAUCCUGCAACAAUGGCCCCAGAAGCUCACAUCAUCGCGUACUACGUCAAGGCAUCAGGGGGAGGUUGUUGCCGACAGUCUUAGCUUCAGUGUCGACGACGUCUUUGACAACAAGGUGUCCAUUGACUUCAGCAAGAACGACUCUAAGCCUCAUGACAACAUUGAUGUCUUGGUCAGUGCUGACCCCAUGUCAUCUGUCAACGUCCUUGCUGUCGACCAAAGUGUUCUUCUUCUCAAGUCUGGUAACGACAUAUCCACAGAACAGGUUCUUGAUGAACUGAAGACGUACAGCUCUGGACAAACUGAUGGAGAAUUCUCACCAGAAGUAUUCGCCAUUUCUAGUAGUGCUACACGCUCAGCUGAUGUCUUCUCGGACGCAGGGCUCAAUGUAAUCACUGAUGCUAAGUACUUCAGCGCCUACCAUAACCAGUAUUAUGGGUUUGGUACAACUAUUGCACCAUCAUAUGCAUUCUCAAUGAGACCAAAUGCCAUUCUUGGAGGAGCUGUUCAUAGUCAGAAGGUCAAGGAGGUGGAGAGGGUCAGACAAGAAUUCCCAGAGACAUGGCUCUGGAUCAACAAGACCGUUGGUGCUGACGGUAAAGCCACCAUCAGUAGCACUGUGCCUGAUACUAUCACUUCCUGGAUCGCCAGCGCCUUUGCUGUCAACUCCGCCACUGGUCUUGGUGUGGCCCCGUCUACCACAAAGCUGCGUGUGUUCAGCCCUUUCUUCGUGAGCCUGUCCAUCCCCACCUCGGUGUUACGUGGAGAACAGGUCGUCAUUCAAGCCAGUAUCUUCAACUACCUACCCAGUGACGUGGACGUUGUAGUGUCCUUGCCUACCUCUUCGGACUACGUCAACGUAGUGGUUGGCAGUUCCGGUAAAACUACCAAGGAAUCAAAGGACCAGACACAGUAUGUCACGGUUAAGUCCAACGAGCCCCAGACUGUGUACUUCCCCAUCAUUCCAUCAUCUCUGGGAGCUAUCGACAUCGAGGUGUCAGCACGAACAACUCUAGCUGCUGAUGCUGUCAGGAGACAGCUCAAUGUCCAGGCGGAAGGUAUCCCCAAAGAAUACAACGCACCUGUCUUCAUUGAGCUGACACCAGGAGGCGCUGACUUCAACCAACAUGUGGCACUGUCACUGCCAUCAGAGGCAGUAACCGGAUCAGAGAAAGUCAGAGUCAAAGUUACAGGUGACCUGAUUGGCGCCAGUCUCGACAACCUGGAGAACCUUCUGGCUCUACCCACCGGAUGUGGUGAACAGAACAUGAUGACCUUUGCCCCGGAUGUAUAUAUUGCAGACUACCUUUACACAACCAAGCAAAUGACACCCGCCUUGGAGUCCAGGAUCAUGACCUAUCUCGAACUAGGCUACCAGAGGGAGCUCACAUAUCAGAGACAGGAUGGAGCCUUCAGUCCUUUCGGAGACCGAGAUGAGGCAGGACACAUGUGGCUGACUGCAUUUGUAGCAAGAAGUUUCCAUCAAGCCAGGCCUUACAUUUUUGUCGGAAAUCAGACUUUGGCAAGGUCCCUUAACUGGAUGGCAGGGAGGCAGAAUUUGGAUGGAUCCUUCAAUGAGCCUGGACUUGUGUUUGACAGACAGAUGCAGACUUCCAAAGCCUCUCUUACAUCCAUGGUGCUGCUGGCUUUCUUGGAAAAUCAAGACAUUGGUGGAUAUGGGAUUAAUGAGUAUACGCUUGGAAACGCCACUGUGAAUGCCACGAAUUACCUGGAGAUAGUGGCUCCCUCUAUCACGGAUCCCUUCACUCUUGCCAUUGUCAGCUACGCCUUGUCUGAGGCUGGCAGCUCAGUAGCGGAUGUCACGUUAAAUAAACUCAACGCCGCAGCUGAGGUUGAAGGUACUCUGAAACACUGGACGGAACAAACAACAGCCUCCUCAACUUACUAUACAAACUGGACACCUCCCCACACACGCGCCCAGCCUAUUGACAUUCAGACAACAGCGUAUGGUCUUCUGGCAUCCUCGGCACGCGGUGAUCUCAGAGGAGGUCUUCCAAUAACCAACUGGCUGACCUCACAAAGGAACCCAUAUGGCGGCUUUUCUUCAACGCAGGACACAAUGGUCGCACUUCACGCCCUAACUGACUAUGCCCGACGUGCACAUGCUUCCGGUUUCCAAGUUGAGGUUGACAUCAAGAGCGGAAGUGACAACCAGCACAUAUCUGUGACUGACAGCAACGCACUCGUUUUGCAAUCAAGAGAGCUGACGAAAUUCCCAAAGGACGUGUCUAUUACGGCUACUGGUAAAGGUGUUGCAUAUGCCGAUGUGGAUGUGUUCUUCAACGUUGAUGCUGAAAUCGGUGACCCAUCCUUUGACAUUAAUACUGUGCUGCUUGAUGACACCAUCAACAACUUCAGACUGAUGACCUGCACUAAAUGGCUGAAGGAGGGAUCCAGUGGAAUGACAGUGAUGGAGAUAUCUAUCCCAUCAGGCUUUGAUCCGGAUAUGACGUCCAUCGGCAACAUUGCUGGUCUGAAGAGAUUUGAAAGACGUGGGAGAAAUGUUGUUGUAUACUUUGAUGAGAUUGGCACAACGUCCAUCUGCUUUGACAUCCUGUCCACCAGAACCGGCAUGGUGACGAACAACCAGCCCAGCUACGUCACAGUCUACGAUUACUACCAGCCCAGUAACCAAGGUGCCACUUUCUACGAAACCCGCAGUCUCAAGGAAGCCACGAUUUGUGAUGUGUGUGACAAGUGUUGCAACCAGAUCUGAAGACAACUUUGAAGAGGAAAAGACAAACAUUGAAAUUCUUAUGCAAAAUGUGAAUAAAUAAUUCCAUUAA